UAGGUUUUGCACAUUUUCUAACUUCAGAUAGCAGCUUUCUAGUAACAUUCGGGCUGACUCGCCGCGCUCACUUUUCCUGAGAUUUAGGACAUUAUCUCGUGAGCCAAAGGUUCAAUACUUUUUAGACUGUUGCAUUGGUUGCAGUCGAAAUUAUUGACAGCCUGUUAAUAUGAAAUCUCUUGUGAUCUGCGUUUUUGCCGUCGUUUUGUUGUGCGUCAAUGCAGGAUCGUCUUCCAUGUCGUGCAGUAUGGUCAAUGGUCAAUGGAAAUGUAUCCAGAAUUCAAGCCCUGAUGGCAACAUGGCCGCUGCGGGUGCUACUUCCAACGGACAAGAAGGACACAUGGCUGCUGGUUCUGGAACACCUGGGAGUUUCAACACAAACUACGGAACGAACACUGGACAAGGAGAACCGAUGCCUGCCGGGCCUUGGACACCUUGGAAUUUCGUUUCAACUUUUGGAUUUUACCGUCGCCGCUAAAUGGAGUACUUGGAUGCUCAUCAAGGAAUCUCUAUAACAGCAAAGUCUUAUUAAAUAAUUCUUAUGCCUUUUGAAAUAAAAUGCUGUCAAUUAAAAUAUUACUGUUACUGCUAAUGUUAAAGCAAUAUUGUAAAAUGUGCUACAGAAAAGUAAAGUCUUAAUGCAUAUAAA